GGGAGUGACCAGCAGCGGAACCGGGUCCCCUGCCGCAGAAGAAGAACGGCUCCGCGUUUAAUGCACGUCUAACCUACAAAUUCCUCUCCGAUAAACGCGCCUAGUCGCCAUGGCAACCGGCCCGGAGCUGGAGGUAUAUGUGGACCUUCUGUCACAGCCUUGCCGGGCGGUGCACAUCCUGCUGGACUGCGCUAAUAUCCCGCACAACCUCCGAACCGUGGCUCUGAGGAGAGGAGAGAACAGGACACAGGAGUUUGCCCGGCUGAACCCAAUGCAGAAGGUUCCGGUUUUGGUGGACUCCGGCUUCGUCCUCACAGAAAGUGAUGCCAUCCUGAAGUACCUUGCCACCAGGCACGACGUCCCGGACCACUGGUAUCCACGGCAACCUCAGAAACGAGCCAGAGUGGACGAGUACACUGCCUGGCAUCACUCGAACACGCGACCCCACGCUGCCAAAGUCUUUAUCCUGGAGGUACUCAUUCCAGCUCAGACUGGCUCUCAGGUGGAUGAGCAGCGUUUGAUUCGUGCUCUUUCACAGCUCAAUGAGACACUGGACAAGCUGGAGUCCAUGUUUCUUCGCAGACGGUCGUUCCUCUGUGGCGAUGAUAUUACUGUGGCCGAUCUCCUCGCCGUCUGUGAGCUUAUGCAGCCCUUGGGUGGAGGCAGAGAUGUGCUGCAGGAUCAUCCUCAGCUGCAGAGGUGGAGGAGCAGAGUUCAGACAGCGGUCGGUGAAGCUUUUGAUAGAGCUCACGCCAUCCUGUGUGCUGUCAGAGAACGCCACAAGGCCAAGCUGUGAUGUCGCCAAUUAUCAUCCAGACAAUGAAGCAGGUCUAAAGGAUGGAGAUAUCGACGCUCACACACACAAAUACACACGUGUGUGUAUAUAUACACUCAAACACUGAAGUAGAUCGGGGAUAUAAUUUAAGGGGACAGUAAAAUUUUUUAAAUUAUGCUAUACCCACAACCAAAAAAAGUUUUCAUUUCUAUAAGUGGUGUAAAACUAUGGAAUAUAUGAAGUGAGGACUUUAUGACUAGAUAAAACAUAGUGGGAGUGGUGUCAGAAUAUUAACAUUCUGAAUUAAUUCUUUAUUAUAAUACUUUGUGAUGUGUAUAAAUAAUACUCUAGACAUUGAUAACAAACCAAUGAUGUGUGAUGUCAUGGGGUAGGACUAGAUAGGUCUAACUUCUUCCUAAUCCGAAUGUACUACAUAAAUUGAGAGCUGAUUAGCA